AUGGGAUGCAUCAUAUCCCGUUGCAAGUUGUACCGAUCCUCAAAAUCAAGCCACCUAGUAAUUAUCCGAUGGGUGAACUAUAAGGCUAUCGAAGGUACCCGCUACAAAGACCCGUCCUUCAGCAGCCACUGCACAGGCGCCACAAAGGCUAGCUUUAUCCGCGGCGGCUACCACUUCGCGCACCCGGGCUCUACAAACGGCGCGGAACAGGCCAACUAUUUCCUCGCCCACGGGGGCGGCUGGAGUGAUGACGGCAUCACGUUGCCGGGCAUGCUCGAUAUCGAAACCAACCCGAACGGUAACCAGUGCUACGGGCUCAGCGCAUCGUCUGGGUCCAGGAAUUUGUCGACACGUGCAAGUGCAAGACGGGCCGGUAUCCGAUGA